AUUAAUUGAUUGAAUAAUCGAAUUGUUAAACACUCCUUCUACAACACAUGCUGAUACGCUGAAGCGUCGUAUCUUAGGAGGGGAUAAGUGAUAUAUCUUUCGGAACCACGCUAGCUAAAGUCUUAAAUACUAAAAUACUUCACAUCGCUCGGUUCGCGCGUUUUGUUUGAGUUUUCCAAAGUUUUUGAGUGUUCUUUUUUAAUACCGGUGGCUAGAUGACCCGCUGGUAGUCGACAAAUUUAUCCAAAAAAAUUUUCAUGUGUUCAUAUGUUAUAAACAAAGUCCCAUUUACCCACGGACUUCAGGGUCGUAACUUGGACGAAGCUAGCCCAGAUACUAGCAGCCUUCUUUUACCCUACAACUGGAAAAUUUUCCUAAACGGCGAACCGCCUUGGCAGUGCUGACAAAAAUCUAGGAGAUACUAAGUCACACCUACCUUAAUAAACCUGUGUGAAUCUGAGCACAGGCUGCCUCCUUGCUUAUUUCAUCGAAAAUAUUCAACUGUAUUUGACAAAGACACCUUAUAACCAACCAAAAACAAAAUGAAAAUUCCAAGUGUUGAAGAACGCAUUCACGUUUUGGAUGACCAAUCAAACGUAUGGACGGUGAUCCGGGAAAUCGUAAGCAACAACAAUCAGGAAGAUGCCUUUUACGUCUUGGAUGUCGGAGAUAUCGUCAGAAAACAUCAGGAAUGGCGCGAAAAACUACCUCGAGUCACGCCGCACUACGCUGUCAAAUGCAACGACAGCCUUACAGUUCUUGAAACCCUCAACGCCUUGGGAACUAACUUCGACUGCGCUUCAAAGGGCGAGAUUAACAAAGUACUCAGCAUGGGUGUGGAGCCCGAAAGAAUCAUCUUUGCCAAUCCUGCCAAACCUUCCAGUCAUAUCAGACAUGCUGCAGCCACUGGCGUUAACACUAUGACAUUCGACAGUGACACUGAAUUGCACAAAGUUAAGAAUCUCUUUCCUGAAGCCAAGUUAGUCAUUCGCAUUCGUUGCGAUGCCACUGAUGUCCAAUGUCAACUGGGAAACAAAUUUGGUUGUGAUCCUAUCACUGAGGCUCCAGAACUCCUUCGAAUCGCUAGAUCCCUUGACUUGGACGUCGUCGGUGUGAGUUUCCACGUAGGCUCCGGAUGCCGUGAACCGCCAGUUUUUCGUAGGGCUAUUUCAGCCGCAAGGGACAUCUUUGAUUUUGCCGAAACUUUGGGCUACAACUUUUCUCUGCUUGAUAUCGGAGGAGGAUAUCCUGGUGGAAAAGGAACUUCCAUCCAUCAGAUCGCUGAAAUUGUCAAUCUCGCACUUGACAAUUACUUCCCCGAUCCGUCAAUUGAUGUAAUAGCUGAACCUGGUCGCUUCUAUGUAAGCUCUGCCUUCACUUUGGUGUGCAAUAUCCAUUCAAUUAGAAACGUCAACAAAAUCAACGAUGAUGGUGGAAAUUAUGUACAGCGCAUGUAUUACAUCAACGAUGGAGCUUACGGCAGUUUCAAUUGCGUCUUGAGCGAUCAUCAGGUUAAGUUAUUACCACAGCCGCUCGAAGAACGCGUUGGCGCAAAAUACUACGACAGCAGCAUAUGGGGACCGACUUGCGAUGUAGUCGACCUAGUAAUUGAACAUGCAAUGUUGCCAGAAAUGAAAGUUGGGGAUUGGUUGGUGUUUGAAGACAUGGGAGCAUACACCACUUCCGUUGCCAGUCUUUUUAAUGGUUUUCCAAUUCCUAAAGCCCAUAUAGUGAUGGACGAGAGCAUCAGGGUUCUGAUGAAGGAUAUGUUUGAACUGAUCGACAGAGAUUUGACCUACCGAACAAUUUGAAAAAUAAAAAUGAUUCCUCUUCCAAAUACGAACUUCCUGAUUUCCCAAUACCCAUUGGAAAUUCGAUUUUAGAUUACGUUGACGUCGUUGCUAUGGAAUAACGGUACAAGAAGUUUGGAUUACGAUCUGUAAAGCGACUUAAACGGUCGCUAAAAAUCCAUUUAUUUUCGAGACCAAUUUUUAAAAUUAAUUUUCUUUAAAAACUUCCAAGGUUUUUAUGACAAAUCUUCUAAUUUUAUCUGUAGCUUAAUUAUACUACAAGCAAAAUCGAUCGGUGGUCCUUUGUAAGAACCACGAAUUGUUUUUAUUCAUUAAUUUUAUGCUUGUGGACAGGGGCGUAACAGAGGCCCCGCAGCAUGAAGCUUGCGGGGGGCCCCAAUAUGUCAGGGGCCCCAUCUUGUCGUCUAAUAUAAUGUAAAAAUAUAUUAUUGUUUUAUAAUUUUAUACAUACAUACGCAACGUUUUUUAAUCAGUGUAGUAUUGAAAAUGAAGUUGCCCUUCAGAUAGAUAUAUAUUAAUAAAAUUUUAGAUAUAUUCGCUGAUAGUAGUGACGAAGAAAGCUGUAUCUCAGAAUAAUACUAUGCAAUAAUAUAAUCAUUGACUGUAAAUGACUGUUUUGGAAUGUAAUUCAGCGUCACGACGGAUUUGCUUGACAAUUUAGAUUUAGGUUCUAUUUACCCUCCACUUCAAAGUUGGACUUGUGCCGUUGGUUGCUUUUACUUGGGGGGUGACAGCUAUCCCUCAUCGGAGGUGAAAAACAUACGUUUAAAAUAAGUCCAAAAAUUGAUAAAUUGACUAUAUUAUAAGAAAACUUUGGGUUAUAGGAGUUUCUUUAUCUAAGUCUAAGUCAAUACUUUUCGAGUUAUUUGCGAGUGAAAUUGUUUUUGUUUUCAACAAGCAAACUACAUUUUCAGGCAGUUGUUCGCAAAAAACUGAAAAAGUAAGUAUUUUAUCGAAUUAAAUAUUAUCAAAAAAUUAUCGAAAAUAUAUUUUUAGCAAAAAUGUUGCUCAUAAAAAAAAACAAAAAAAAAAUUGGUAUAAGUAUUCAUGAAGUCUAUCGACACAGUACAAGCAAAGUUCUAGUUCAUGAAAAAUUGAUCUUAUUCAUCCAAUUUCCAAGCGUAUAUGUCAACGUGAAAUAACCAAAAAAUUAAGCACUUUUCGGGGAAAACUCAUUAAAACUUUUUUUAAAUGUUUAAAAAAAAGUUUCAUUUUUAUUUUUUAUAAAAGUUAAAAGAGCUCUAUUUUUUUAUAAAAGUUUUUAGCAUCAAAACUAAGCGAGUUACGCCCAAAAUAAAGACGGCCCCCUUUUACCUUAGUAAAAAAUCGUGAAAAUCUCCCCCUAUUUAGCACCCCAAAUAAAAUUAAUGAUUAGCGUUGUACCAUUUACUUUAUAGGCAUGUGUACUGUUUAUUAUGAUCUCUAAGUUUGACCGGUUCAAAGUUCUUAUUUUUGAAAAAAUUUGAUUUUACAUUAAAAAAAGUUUUUUAUUUUGAAAAAAAUGCCCCUUUUCAAAAUAACUUAAAAAUAUUAGUGAUACGAAAAUCUCAAAGAGUAAAGAAAUGUAAGUUUUGCAUUUAUAAAAUAUUUUGGUUUUAUUUUGUUGUUCUGUGAGACAAAAAUUGGUUAAGAUAUGGCUGUUUAAAAUUUGCAUACACUCGUGAUUAGUGACUCGUUCAAGCCCUUUCAACUAGAACCCUUUAAAAAAAAGCACUUUAAACUGGUGAAACUUACAUGUCAUAUAAAUAAAGUUAAGGAAUUUGUAAAGCGGCAACGAUUAGUUUCAUUUGGGGUGCUAAAUAGGGCGAGAUUUUCACAUUAUUUUUGAUAAAAAAAUGGCGUUAACUUUAUUUUGAGCGGAACUUGCUUGGUUCUGAUACUAGAAACUUUUAUAAAAAAAAACAGAAUUUUAAUGAGUUUUCCCCGAAAAGUGCUUUAUUUUUUGGUUAUUUCACGUUGAAAUAUUCGAUUUGGAAUUUGACGAAUUUGACGAAGAACCAUUUUUUAUGAGCUUUAACUUUGCUUUUACUGGGUUGAUAGACUUCAUUUUUUUUUAAAAGACGAAUGUGACGAAUAAGUACCAUUUUUUAUGAGCUCCAACUUUGCUUUUACUGGGUUGAUAGACUUCAUUUUUAUAUAGGCUAUAUUUUUGCUAAGAAUAUUUUUUUGCGAUAAAAUAUUUACUUUUUGAGAUAUUUGCGAAAAACCGCCUGAAAACGUGUUUUUUUUGCUAAACGAUAAACAUUUUCACUCGCAAAUAACACGAAAAGUAUUGACUUGACCACUUAGGUGGUUACACUGAAAAUUACACGGUAUCGCCGUAUAUAAUGUUCAUUUACUGGGCUAAAACACACAUAAGGAUUUUGUCACACAAGUCGCAUUUAGUAAUAUUUUAAAGGGGGCCCCUUUUCCAAUUCUGCGGGGGGCCCCUACGGAGUUUGUUACGCCACUGCUUGUGGAACCUUGAAUAUUCAAAUAAAAAUAAUACGUAUUCUAUAUAAUAGACGUAUUCUAUAUAACGUAAUUUUCUUAAAUUUUUAGUGCAUCAAAAACCGUACAGGAGCCCAGCUAAUAGAAUAUAACUGCAAAAACUUGAAACGUACUAGAAUGGUCAGUUUUAUGGGUACCCCAGUUUUACAAUGUUAGUUAACCACAUUUAACUAAUUAACCGUUAAAUUUAACAGCUAUUUAACUGAGGGAGUCCUAUAAGUAGCGGUUAAAGUUGAGGUCAAUUAGUUAAGCGCCGAAUUAACAGUUAUUUGUAAAACCGGUGAUACAUUUUUAUUUUUAACGAUAUUGAUAAGGAAAAACGAUUUAUAGCAUUUUUAGAAAUAUUAAUUAGGUAAACGGCAGAAAAGUUGUCAUAAUAUCUACUAUAGUGGAAGUCACAUUCAGUACGGAUAUAGGAUAACUUCUUCAAGUGCCAUCUUCGUUCCGAAGGUUGGCGAUCAUCAGGGCUAUACGUAUUCUCGAAACUUCUGACCGAAACAAUUCGUUGUUGCUACAGCUAUACCAUUCCCGUAGAUUAUUUAGCCAGGAGUUUCGUCUUCUUCCUAUGGAUCUUUUUCCUUCUCUUCCACUGCAUAAUUAUUCGAAGCAGUUCAUAUCUUUCGCCUCUUGUAAUGUGUCCCAAGUAUUGCAGUUUUCGUUUCUUGAUCGUAAAUAUGACUUCCUUUUCUUUAUUCAUUCUUCUCAAGACCUCGACGUUUGUGACUCUCUCCGUCCAUGAUAUUCUCAAGAUUCUGCGAUACAUCCACAGUUCAAAUGCCUCCAAUUUUUUGAUAUCAAUCUUUUUAAGCGUUCAUGACUCCAUUCCGUAGAACAGCACAGAAAGUACGUAACAUCUCAUCAGGCGAAGUUUCAUUUCAAGGCUCAAAUCUCUUCCACAGAACACUCUCUUCAUUUUAGUGAAUAUGGAUCUGGCUUUUUCUAUUCUUAUUUUGAUUUCUGCUGAGCUAUCGUUGUCUUCAUUUACAAAAGUACCUAAAUAUUUGUAUUUGCUAACUCGAUCGAUAAUUUAAUUGUAUAAAUAUAAAUUUUGGACAUUUCGUGUUGAUUUCGAUAUUACCAUAAAUUUAGUUUUCUUUAUGUUCAAAGAUAGUCCAUAUUCUUCGCUGCAGUCUGCAUAUCUUAUUCACCAAUGUCUGUAGCUCUUCAAGUGUUUCUGCGAUCAGAACGGUGUCGUCGGCAAAUCUCAGAUUGUUUAAUCUAACACCAUUUAUUUUAAUACCUAUGGAUUGCUCAGAGAGUGUUCUAUUCAUUACGUCUUCGGAAUAGAGAUUAAACAGGUUUGGUGACAGUAUACACCCUUGUCUCACACCCCGCUUUAUUUCAAUUUCUUCAGUGGUAUUAUUCUCUACUCUCACUAGGUACUGCUUUCUGAUUGUACUACAUAUUUGCUAUUAGUCGGAUGUCUCGUUUAUCUAAAUUCUUUUCUGCCAGGAGUCUGAUUAGAUGAUCAUGCCGCACUUUAUCAAAGGCCUUGUUAUAAUCUAUAAAACACAUGAAUACAUCUUGAUUUAUGUCAAGACAUCUUUGAGACAUAACGUUCAGUGCAAACAACGCCUCUCUUCUUUCGAGUCCAUUUCGGAAUCCAAACUGGGUAUCAUUGAUGUCCAUUUCCAGUUUUCUGUGUCCUCUAGUGUGUAUAAUUUUCAGGAAUAUUUUCAGUACAUGGCUCAUCAAACUGAUUGUACGGUAAUCACUACAUUGUUUGGCAUUCAUCUUUUUUGGUAUAAUAACAAAGGUGGAUAAAAGCCAUUCUUGUGGUAUUUUUCCUGAUGUAUAAAUGCUAUUGAAAAGUUCAACUAAAAUGUGGAUCGAGUCUUCUUCUAUCAGUUUAAGGAUUUCCGUUGGUAUUUCAUCUGGACCUGGGGCUUUACCGUUUUUCAUUCUUUUUAGUGCGUACAUUACUUCCUCUUCCGUUAUUUCUGGACCUUCGUCUCCUUGUAUGUUACUUAGUUCAGAUUGUUGUCUAUCAUCUGCAAAGAGUUCUUCAACAUAGUUUUUCCAUGUCUCCAACUGUUCUUCUAGUUCUGUUAUUAUGUUUCCGUUGACAUUAUACAGGGUAUUUGGCUGCUUACGUUUUUGUGUACCUGCAAGUUCUUUCACUUUUUUAUGUACAUUAAAAAUAUCAUGUUUUGCCUGCAAUUGCUCUAUUUCUUCACAUUUUCUUUUAUAAAAAUCUUCCUUUGCUAUUCUGAUUUCCUUUUUGAUUUCUUUCUGUAAUUGUUUAUACCUUUGUUCGUUUUUUCCUUUCAUUAUUCUCCGAUUGUCCAUGAGAAGAAGGAUUUUAUCAGCCAUCCAUCUUUGCUUUAUUUUUGGUUUUUCUUUACUCAGAAUUUUCUCCGCAGGACUUGUUAUCGCCAUUUUUACGUUUUGCCAUUUUUUAUCUAUGUUGUUCGUUGGCUGAGAUGUUUCUUUUUCAUGAAGUAUUUUCAAAUUAUUAUAUUAAUACAUCUUUGCAGUUCCGCCUUACCCUCCAGGUUACAUAAAUAACUGACGUCUAUCUGGUUUGCUCUUCUUUUCUGCUCCAAUCUUUUUAGUUUAAUACUCAUUUGUGUAACAUAGGAUAACAGUGUUGCCCAUUCUGCUGCCAUUGCAAAUUUUGCUACUUUUUUUUUUUAAAUAAAGAAGGCCAAACUAAAAAAAAAGUAAAAUUGUCCGAAAUUAUAAUUAUUUUAUAGGAGCCGGCCCAUAACGUACGAUUAAAAACUUUGACAACAUUGUAGUUCUUUCUGCCAUAUAGAAAGCACAGGCGUAUCUCUGUAACGCUGCCAUCUGAAUGUGAACUCCAGUAUAAAAUAUUUUAAUAUAGAUCUCUUUUAUAAUUAAUUUUGGAAAUAGUUAAUGAAAUGGUUUUUGUUAAUAUGGGUAUUAUAAAUAGCCCUAAUGUAUUUUUGUCAAAUUAUAUGUGUAUAAAUAGACUAGACUAGGAUAUACAGUACGUAAAUCGUUCUGCUGGACAUAGGGAAUAUACAUUGAGAUCAUUGUGGCAACUACGCUAACCUGUGUUAGUUGAAAUUUCUGUUCGAGUACGAGUUUCUGGUGCAAUAGAGCUGUUAGAACGAAUAUAAUGAGUGAUUUUGAAUGCAAGGCAGUCCAUAAAUAAAUCAAAAACAAAGAUUAUGACUGAUGAAUUAAUAAUUUUACUUUAAUUUUUAAAAUAUCUUUUAUUUAAAAAUUAAUUUCCAAAUUAAACAGACACAGUUUUUCCAUUAGGUCAAAAAUAGUUCUACUACAAUGUCAUGUUUUGACGUUUAUUUGUGUAACCCGAAAUUAAUUGUCAAUUUUGAGGUUAAUGUCCUUUAAUGCUAACAACUAUAUUGUCAUUGAGAGAGCGAAGUUGCCACAAUUAUCUUAAUAUAAUACAAUGUAUGUAUUUAUUUAUCUAAAUAUGUACAAUGUAUGUUCCCUAUGUCCAGCUGAAAGAUUUACGCACUGUAUGUAUACAUAUUUAUUCGCUGUUUAGAUUUAGAUUAUUGCUGCAUAGAAUUAAAUAACUUAAGGCUAA